CAGCGCGCCAAAAAUUAUCAGUUCUUCCGCGAAGCUGAAAAUUUUAUUCAUUGGUAUAAAGAUCUUUGGAUUUCCCUGAUCAUUCUUCGUGUUUUGACAUGGAGGCACCAAGAGUCAAUGCUUCAAUGUUAUCCCAAUAUUCUGGAAAAAUUGUAUGUCUUGUGGGAAAUGUAACAGAGAUCAGUUCAAAUGGUGCAGAGCUUAACCUCGUGGCAUGUGAUCACAAGGUUGUCAAAGUCACUCUGGAUGUACCACUUGAUGAGAAGGUCCAAGGGGCAGUGGAAGUUGUGGGAAGAGUAGAGCGCAACUGCUCUCUUUCAGGACAAAGAAUUAUUUUAUACAGCAGUGAUUUUGACCUGGAAGCCUAUAGUCAAGCUGUAUCAUUAGCUGCUGACUUCCCUGAAAUAUUUGGAUCCACGCAGUUGAAUGGAUUUGGCCACUAACCAGAUAGAAACAUGCAGUUGUUUCCACAUCCGAUUCACUAGAUAGCAAAGACUGUAAAAUUAACCUGAAGAAAGAGUUCUUGCCAGCUGAUCUUCAUGAUUAUCUCUUAUGCGUAAUGACAGCAUUUACUGAAAUUUCAGCCCAAGCCUUGUUUGUACAAAAACAUUCAGAAGUCAAUGUGACUUCCUUAUUGUUUUCAUGAAUUCAUGCAUUUGAUUUUGGUUUUCUGGGAAAACUAUCCAGUUAAAAUUCAACAAUCCACACCUUUAAAGGGAGGCUUGUGGUUGAAAUUGUGUAUUCUGCUCUUAACAUGCACAAGGCCUAUUUCAAUGAUGAAAUCAAUGCAUGUGUGGGUAUUAAAUGAUACUUUAAAAUGGUGAGAGGAAUCAUUCAUUUCCUUUCUGCUUUUCAUUGUAGAUACAUAGCCAUUCAAACCAUUACAUUAGACACUUUCUUUUUAAGUAGAAAUGUUAAUUACUAUCUAAUGCCGAGAUCUUAUCAAGUGGAAGCUAGAUUACUGAAAGGAAAGUUAAUAAGUUUUCUUUGGAGUUUUUAGUAGGUGAUUCAGUGACCCUUUGAGGUUCAUAUCUUGUUACUACUUUUUGUUGGAGACUGAAUUUUAAAGUCAGAUUACUUUGUGUGGUUCUGUUUCAGAAGAUAAGUAAUGAUUUAAUGUUGUUCAUGAGGUUAGACAUGUGUAAUAAUGAUGAGAAGUUAUUAUGCAUUCUCCAGAUGUUUUUGUUUUAAUUGCAUUGUGACAUGCAGAUGGCAACAUGGACCUCUGUCGCUUUUCUUAGCCACUGAACUUGUUAAUUACAGUUAAACUUGUGGUGCUUUCGUGAGUUUGAAUUAUGUGUGGCCCAACCUUUGACUGUUUCUUCUGUAAUUUAUUUCAUUUUUGUUUGAACAGCAACAAAGGAAUGGGAAAUAAAGAGAGUAUAGAAAGAAUACAUUUGGACACAUUUA